GACACAUAUUAAAAUCGUUGCUCCAACUAAAGAUAAGUUUCUCUAUUAUAACCGCAAAGGAUACUUUAGUAUCAAUGCCAUGAUUAUAUGUGACAAUAAAAUGAAAAUACGCUAUGUGAAUGCUCAGUUUCCUGGCAGCAAUCACGACUCCCACAUAUGGAAUGUCAGCAAUGCUCGUUAUUUUCAUGAGAAAAAGUACCUCGAUGGUGAACGAAACAGUUGGCUUUUGGGAGAUGCUGGAUAUGCCUUAGAACCAUGGUUAAUGACACCAUUCCGUACCCCUCCCUCAGGAAGCCCAGAAGAGAAAUAUAAUAAAAUACAUGCAAAAGCGAGAAAUAUCGUUGAAAGAACAAUAGGAGUUUUUAAAAAUCGAUUUAGAUGCCUUCUGGGUGCUCGUGAGCUUCACUACGAGCCAUGGAAGGCACCUCAAAUCGUUAAUGUUGCGGCAGUGUUACACAACGUUUGCAUUCACUAUCGCGUGAAUGAUGAAAGUUUAGAAAAUAAUUCGGAACCAAAUAUUUUCACAGAAAGUAAUGAAAUUCUUUCAUCAACUUAUAAUGAUGCAGCUUCACAAAUCAGAGAAGCUAUAUGUGCAACACUUACCCGAGUAUAAUAUCCUAAA